AUGUUCGCCAACGGCUCAGCGCGUCGCGCGCCUGUGAAGGCGUUGUGGGUGCUGCUGGUGCUGUGGAGCUGCGCUGCUGCAAUGGUGUCGGACGUUUCACGCACCCUCGCCGCCGCAAGAAGCUCAGGACUAUCCCAGUUCUCAGCGUCCGGCAGCUGCUACUAUUACUCACUACUCACCUCGCAAGACACGGGCAUCUUCGCUGGUAGCUGCAGCAUCGUCGGGGCCGGCAUGAAUGACUACAGCGCUUACAACUGCGCGGGAGGGAUGCAGACGCGGUACAAUAUCACCUCCGCCGCUACGUGGCUGGAUACGGCAGGUAUCCCGAACACACGCGACACCGCGUACCGCGCGGAUGUGCUGUCCGACUUGAUGGCGUCGAUGGCGGUCAUGUACCUCGAGUCGACCAACGAGCUCCCCUUUGCACGCACAGAUCCUAUUUCGUCCGCCUACCUGCCCCCCACCUACAGCGGCGGCGCAAGUCUGAUAAACCCGGGCUUUCCGGGUGUGCCCAUUACACUGAACAUGCUGCUGUCCCACACCUCCUCCAUUACGGAGACGGGCUUCGACCUCGGUGCGGCGGAAGGGCCGACGGGCACCGUGCCCACGCUAGCCACCUUCGUCAGCUCUCUCUUCUCGUCGACCAGCAGCAUCUUCAGCUACACGACGCAGCCGGGGCUCAACGCGAGCUACUUCUACGCUCGCACCAACUCCGCCAUCGUCUCCUACGUGCUCGAGCGCGUUCUCGCCAACUCCACCGCCUACUCCGCCUUCUCCGGGAUCGGCGAGUUCGUCUUCGGCGUUCUGCUCCCACCCCUCGGCCUCGCCAACACCUUUCUGCUCAACCGCAACGGGCGGUACAUAGAGUCCACCUACCCCUUCACGAACACCAGCAACGUGGACAUGCGGCCGUACAAGGCUGUGCAGGACCUGACCACCAACGGCAGCGCGAUCCUCGCCACCUACCCGAUUCACGCCUCGUACUUCUCCGACUACAUGCUUUACACCACCACGGCAGACUUGGCGAAGAUCGCGCGGGCGGUGUUGGUGCCAGACGGGGUGUACUACGCGGCGAUCGGUGCACGCCUGCUGGACACCGUGCAGACGAUCACCACCGAUGCCCUUCUGUACGCGACGGGGCGCACGGCUGGCCUAUUUCUUUUCGCCCCAAAUCUGCUGUGUGAGAUGCUCUACAACGCCGUCGCCGCUACCGAGAAGCUGCCGUACUGCUACUUCAACGGGAGCACGAUCCCGGAGGGGGCCACCGCCUUUGGCCUGGCGGCGACGGGCGGCAACAACGAGGUCGCCCUCGUCUGCGUGCCGUUGCUCGGCAAUCAGACGUAUUGCUCCGUCGCCGAGCUCUCCUUCAACACCUCCGCUGCCUGGCCGGCAGCGAACGCCGCCACGGGCGGCGACAAGGCGGUGGGCUUCGCCAUGGUGAACCUCGCACUCUUAGCAAGUGACGAGCCGCCCCUCACGACAACGACAGCGGGGCCGAGGCCGUCGCCGAACAUAAACGGGUGGUACAUCUUCGCCGGCGUUGUCGCCGCGCUGGCGGUCGUCGUGUUGGCGGCCUUCGGGGCAGACUACUUUAUCCAGCCUCCGCCGCCGGCGAAGAUCAUUGCGCCACUCAUGACGGAGACGGGCAUGGGCGUACGGGCCGGCACCGCGCUCACGGAGGGCGCACGCGUCAACAACAAGGGCAGCAACGAUCGAAACGGCCUCGGCAGCACGGAGGAGCCGGUCGACGGCGAAUCGCCGAAGAACAUCCACGACGCCGCGACGAGUAGCUCGCUGACCAACUCUAGCUCUCGACCGCGCCGCGGACACCACCACCACCACCACGGCAACAGCAAUACCAACGGGGGCCGCCGCAGCCGGGAAAUGGGCAGCGACGAUGCGGACGACUACGGCGACACGAACGAGGAGACGCCUUACAUUCUACGCAGCAGCGGUCGGCACGGAAACGACGGAGGGUUGUCGUCGCUGCGCCGCCGCCGCCACCGCCCCACCCCGCCGCCGCGCCCGCUCAGCCGUCACAACAACGGGGGCGUCUCCUCCGAUGACGGCAGCUACUCGACGCCGGAUGAUGGGUGGGGGGAUAACGCGGUCGAUGUGACGGAGCGCUCCUCCACCGGCUCGCAGCGGCCCAAUCCGCAUGGGAUGUUGCGCUUUGACGCGUACAUUUAG